AUGAGUUCGGAUAAAACAAAUAUACUAAAAAAGUAUAAGAUUGUUUUUUUGGGAGAUCAGAGUGUUGGUAAAACAUCAUUAAUAACGAGAUUCAUGUAUGAUACAUUUGAUGAAACUUAUGCUACAACAAUUGGAAUAGAUUUUUUAAGUAAAACAAUGUAUCUUGAGGAAGGUAAAACAAUUAGAUUACAAUUAUGGGAUACUGCAGGACAGGAAAGAUUUAGAUCGUUAAUACCAUCAUAUAUACGUGAUUCUCAUGUUGCAGUAAUAUGUUAUGAUAUAACAAAUAAGAAAUCAUUUUUAAAUUUAGAUAAAUGGAUUCAUGAUGUAAAAGUAGAAAGAGGUGAUGAUGUUAUAAUUGUAUUAGUAGGUAAUAAAUCAGAUUUAGCAAAUGACAAAAGACAAGUUACUGUUGAAGAUGUUGAAGCUUUACACCAAAAAAUUGGAUCUAAAUUUUUCAUUGAAACUUCAACAAAAGCAAAUCAUAAUGUUAAAUUGUUAUUUAAAAAAAUUGCACAAUCUUUACCCGACUUUAAUAAUGAUGAAGACAAUGAAAAUGGUGGACUAAAUAAUAAAGAUCAACCAGAAACUAUAGAUAUAACAAUUGAGAAUAAUGAGAAUAAUCAAAAUUCAAGUUCAUGUUGUUAG